AUGCAUGUACUUGUAUGGCUGUUCGCGUUUUUUGCCGCUGUCAUGUGUCAACCAUUGUAUGGGCUCGAAAAACAGAUACUCUAUGGGUUCCAGGAUCCCGACGAGAUACAAUGGCGUGGAGAUGGCAACGAAAUAACUGCAGUAAAGCGAGGACGUUUGCUCAACCUGAUUGGACUGAACUCGCGAUUCACUGAUCCGUUCAGACAACGAAUGAUUAAAAAGAAGAUCCGAAGCCGCAGAUUUGACUGGCUGGACACCACUGUCACUGGAGAUGAAAAAUGGGUCCUCUACGUCAACCACACCCCCAAACGUGCCUGUUGCGCUGGCCAUGAAAUGCCGGAUCCUUUCGUGAAAGGUGAAAUUCAUGAGAAGAAGGUCAUGCUGGGCGUGCGUCUGGUGGAGAAUGGGAUCUACCGUUUCGAACUGCUGCUGGGCAACACGACAGUUACUGCCGAAGUCUACUGCGCUCAAUCGUAA